AUGACAAUUGCGGAGACCUGUGACAGCUCAGACAAUGAGCUGUCGGAUGUUUCAUCGGAGAUGGCACUGUUCAGAAAGUACGAGGUAGACAAACUGUUGGGGUGCGGGGCGUUUGCAAAAGUUUACCAAGCGCGCAAUGUGAAGACCGGGGAGAUCGUUGCGAUCAAAGCCGUGAACAAACGGAAAGUUGUCCGGGGAAAGCUGAUGGCGCAGGUUAAAAGGGAGAUCGCCAUCAUGCGGCGGCUGAACCACCCCAACAUCGUCAAACUCAUCGAAGUGUUGGCGACGACGAACAGGUUUUAUUUUGUUAUGGAAUACGCGAAAGGCGGGGAGUUGUUCACGACGAUAACCAGGGGACGUUUCAGCGAAGAUCUCUGUCGUCGUUAUUUCCAGCAGUUGAUUCUGGCUAUCGGAUUUUGCCACUCCAGAGGCGUUUACCACCGCGACUUGAAGCUUGAAAACCUCCUCCUCGACGAAAAAUGUAAUUUAAAAGUAACCGAUUUCGGACUCGGAGCUCUGUCGGAACACGUCCGACAGGACGGACUCCUCCACACGUUAUGCGGAACUCCGGCUUACAUUGCUCCGGAGAUUCUCGCUAGGAAAGGAUACGACGGUGCCAAAGUCGAUGUCUGGGCGUGUGGCAUCAUUUUGUUCUUCCUCCACUCUGGGUAUCUCCCGUUCACUGAUUCCAAUACCACGAUGCUGUACCGUAAGAUUUUUCGAGGUGAAUUCAAUUUUCCAAAAUGGACGUCGCCGCAGCUCCGACGAUUCAUUUCCCGCCUCCUCGAUGCCAACCCAGAAACAAGGAUCACCAUUGCUGCAAUCAUGAAGGACCCAUGGUUUAAGAACGGCUAUAAAGCAAUCACAGUCUACCCUGAAGAUUACGAAAUGAAAGAAGAAACACAAAGCAACGCACGAUUAAACGCUUUCGAUUUAAUCUCUUUCUCAUUGGGUUUCGACCUCUUUGGUCUGUUCAACGACGUCGAUUUUUCCAUCCAACGAGAGCGAUUCCUAUCGGCGGAGACACCGUGGACUAUAAUAGAGAGAAUCGGGGAAGAGGUGGAAAAAAUCCGGAACUUAGAGGUGAUAAGAAUGACAGAAAGUAAGAUACGUUUGGAACACCAGGGCAGCAAUUUAGUUAUCGCCAUUGAUAUUCAUCGGUUGACGGAUAAGCUCGUGGUGGUGGAGGUUAACCGUCGGGAGCUCAAAGCCGGGUCAAGUGACAAAAUUUGGAAUGAUAAAUUAAAACCCAGACUUUCCGAUUUGGUGUAUAAUUCUGGAAGUGAAACAACGCAAUAA